AUGUCGGCUGUAACGCCCCCAGAUCCACUGCCGCCGGACGAAAAUGUCGGUCCCAUACUGCUCGGAGUCUCUAGUGUGCUGAUCGCGCUUGUCAUCAUCACGACAGGCUUGCGCGUUUGGGUACGAUCAGCCCUACGAUGUCUAGAAUGGGACGACUACACCAUGAUCAUUGUCACCUUUCUCGGAAUCGCUCGAUAUGCAACCCAGGUCGCCCAGAUCAGCAUUGGAAACGGCCGACACAGAUGGUACAUCCCCAAGGAGAAUUACAUACGGAACAAUAUGCUCGGAUGGGUCGCCCAGAUUUUACUCUUCGCCAGCAUCUGUCUCUUAAAAGUCUCCAUUCUGCUGCUACUGCUGCGGAUCAAGAAUUCGAGGGGGUUGAGAUGGUCCGCUUGGGCGGUCAUGGCAGGCUUGGUCGUCACCAACUUCGGAUGCAUCAUUAUUCUUCUCGCUGAAUGCGACCCUGUGGAAGCGUACUGGACAGGUUCUGGGAAGUGCUGGGAUGCACGGGUUCGCAUCUACGCCAUUUAUUUGACCAUCGCAUACUCGAUCGUCACCGACAUCAUCUGCUCCCUGCUACCCAUGCUCGUCAUCUGGAAAGUCCGGCUUCCCUUGAAGACGAAGAUCUCCGUUUGGGCCUUGAUGAGCCUUGGUUUGAUCGCUACCGGCUUUGGCAUUGCCCGUGCAGCGUCUCUAGGCAUUAAAACAUCAGACCUCAGUUGGGUCUAUGCCAUCACGGCAAUCUGGUCCAACCUCGAGUUGUAUCUUGGCAUCGUUGGCGCCAACCUCGCCCUGAGUCGAUCGAUAUACGGAUACUUCUUUAACAAGAACAAGUCCAAUGUGGCGUCCUCAUACGCCCAGUCUGGGUCCAACCUGGCAUAUAACAACAGCGGGUUCCGCCACGAUACUUUCCCCCGAUCGCCACGAGCCCCAUCGCCAUCACGAAGCGACAAUAGUGAUAUACCACUAGAGCCUCGAAAUAAGAUGCAAAGUAAUAUCUGGGUUAGGGAGGACCCUAGUAAAGAGUCCAUUGGUAGAGCUACUUGA